AUGGCGCUUCUCCAGGAGGCCCAGCGAGGACGGGACCUCCGAUGCUAUGGAAGCCCAUGCCAUCGCCCCGAGAGAGAGAAGAAGCCAGAGAUCCAUGGGGACAACAGGUUCAGCAUCCCGCGGUGCAUCGAGGUGAUGAGCGCCAUGGCGGAGCUGUCGCCGGUCGAGAAGUCGCUGGCGCCCGACGUCUUCUUGGACGCGAGCAACCGGGAGAUUUUCCUCUCGCUGAGUGUAGAUAUUAGGCCAAUGUGGCUGAGGCGUAAGAUGAAGAGCCUUGUCUAG